AUGUUCCCGACUCAACUUCAGAAGGUCUACGAAAAUCUUCUUCUCCAAUUUGAGCAAAUGUAUUACUAUCGAAGUCGAGGAAAAGCAACUAUACCACCACCUAGUCAUCAAGUUUCUGGUGCUGCUAGGGCAGUAUCAUUAAAAGAUUAUAAUCUUUCUUUAGGUUCUGGGGAUAGCAUAGAUGACUCAGCGGGGAAAAGGAAAUAUUGUGAUUGGUCAUCUCCUGUGGUGUUACCACACUCCGAUGACAGGAACAGUCCAGUAGAAAAAAGGAAGUGCACUAAUGAGUGUUGUCCAGUUUCAACAGGGCCAGAGACACCAGAGCAAAAAUCUCAGGUUUCAGCAACCAACACUUAUCUGAAGAAAGACCCCAGUGCCCCAACAAGAACAAGGAGUGGAUAUCAGAUAUACCUCAAGUUGGAAUGUGAAAGACUAAAGAAAGUACUUGGGGAGAGUUCUGGUGCUAAGAAAAUAAGAGAAAUGGCAAUCAGUAGUUGGAGGGCUCUAUCUGAAAAUGACCGAAAGCCUUAUAUCGAGGCAAGUAACAAGGACAGGGAAAGAUAUUACAGAGAAAUGUCUGCUUAUAAACAGCGUACGAAGAAGGAAACUGUAAAGGAUCAAAACUCUUACAGCAGUUCAGCCCUUAGUUUUAUCAACUUUGGUGCACCACCAGAAACUGAUAACGCGUACUAUGUGACUUUGCAAACUGAUGCUGGAAGCGACAUUGUCCCCGAUGAAUCGUUGAUUGAGUCCACGGUACAAAUGUUGGAGAAUGCUAACCAAAGUGACCCUAUAUUUCAGAUGGAUAAUUGGGGCUGUUUUACGUAGUUGAGGCAAAAUCAUAUGUGCUGUGGAGUCUUCUGCUAGCAGCUUUUGAUAAGGGCGUGUUACUGCUUAGUGGUUUUUGUAAGGUAUGUAUAGCUUUCUAUCUGAGGAUGUAUAGCUCAGAACCUUAGCAUGGUGUUUUGAGGAUGUAUAGCUUUUUGUCUUUGG